CGACUGUUUACGCAAAACCGCCCGCUCCUUCUCAUCACACGCACAUCGUCACCUCGACCGCAACUUCCGUAUCUGUCGCAACCUUCACGGAACGCCUUUGCCCCGAGACAGACAGCGCGUUUCCUGACGACCGAGAACAAGAACUAUGUCAAAGAGCAGGUCUGGCUGGCUGCCAAGUGGUCUGCCGUCGGAUGGUCUUUCUUCUUUCUCGGAGUCGUCGCUCUCUACGGCAUCAACCAGGAAGUGCUCGAACGCAACACUCCUUCCCCUGAUGACUGGUCCUUCUUCUCGCGCAACCACUUCCGAUGCGCCAAUGCUGCCAUCAAGCCGGAUCAUGAAUACACCGACUGGGCUCAAGUCGCCACAGAGUUCCGAAGAUGCCUGGAGAGACUCGAGAAUCCCGACAUUGACGGCAAGGGCACAACCCCUCUUGUCCCUGCUAUGGAGCAUAUCCGCGGCGUCAACCCAUCGGCUUUCGAUGUCUCGGAGAAGUCGUAUGCAUGGAAGGAAGGCUAUUUCCAGGUCGUCAUGCAGUGCGCCCGCGCCUCGGAACACAUCGACAACAUGGUCCUCGACACUUCUCGAGCCAUCAUCUUCCCCAAGGACGUUGUCAUUGGUCCCUCAAACCCCAACCCUCGCCCUUGUCCCCCGGGUGCCGAGGCCGCUCCUCGUGAAGAGGAUUGCGGUAGAGCAUAUGCCCCACCAGAGACUUUCUACCUCAAGGUCUUGACUGGUCUCGGUUUCUCCAGCCGUCAGAGGAUUGAGGCUGCUCUAGCAUAUGCCAACUGGCUUGAGAUCAAGGGUUUGAGCGAUUCUGCCGAUGAGACCUACAAGUGGGCUGUCGACAUCGCUGCUUCUGCUCUCCCAGCAUCCAACGCUGUCAUCGACCAGGACACCUCGAUUCUUCGUGUGCAGGAAGCCACCCCGCCCAGCCCUAACCUCCUCCGUACGGCCACUGCUCUCGCUACACACCGUGCUCGUUCUGGCAAUGUCACCUCUGCUCUCCCCAUCUUCCUGUCUGUUCUCCGUGCUCGUCACGCCUCUCCAGUCGAUAUCGCCCCUGCAACCAGAUCCGAGCACAGACCCUUCUACGUCUCGGAUCCGACAAAUACUGACAUUGGCUCUUUCAUCAACAUCGUCAAGUCUCUCCUCACUCCUCCUUCCUACCCCGCUGAGCCUCCAUCUGGCGAUGAGCCAUUCUUGCGCCAACCUGCCUUUGUUCCUGACUGCACCGAAGCCGAGCUGAUGCUCUACAUCGGCGAGAUUCUCUUCGCAACUGCCUCUUCCGGUCGCGAAGACGAAGGUCUUGGCUGGACCAAGCAAGCCGUCGCCAUCGCUGAGAAGGGCACCUCUUCCAACGACGUCCUGCCUGAGGACCGCGACAAGUGCAAGGCAUGUCUCGAGACUGGUAUUGCCAACUGGGGUGCCAUGGUCGCAAAGCUACUGAGGGAGUCUCAGUCCAAGCCUGCUCCUUCCUCCUCGUGGUUC